UGUCGCCUCUACUACCCCCACACCACCAACUUAUACCUUUGGCCCUUUUUGGGCAUAGCUUCUAUAUAUAGACCCCCUUGAUCCCCCCUCCCUUGCUCCAUCCAUCCCCAGCAGCAGCAACCAUCUUAAUUAGCUUCUCUCUCGAGCUCUAGCUGCUAGCCGGCUAGCUAUCUAGUAGCUGUUGUUGAUCGUCGACGCAAGUAGGCAGCCAGCCAGCAGCUAGGCCAGGUAGUAGCCCAGCCGAUCAAGGAGCGAGGAUGUCUGGCGUGUGGGUGUUCAAGAACGGGGUGGUGCGGCUGGUGGAGAACGGCGCGGCGGCCGGCGGCGAGGCGGUGCGGAAGCGGAAGGCGCUGGUGCACACGCCGAGCGGGCAGGUGGUGCGGUCGUACGCGGAGCUGGAGGGGGAGCUGCGGGCGCUGGGGUGGGAGCGCUACUACGAGGACCCGGCGCUGUACCAGUUCCACAAGCGGGGCUCCCUCGACCUCAUCUCCCUCCCCGCCGACUUCGCCAGGUUCUCCUCCGUCCACAUGUACGACAUCGUCGUCAAGAACCGCGACUCCUUCAGGGUCGUCGACAUCUGAAUCAUCCUCAUCUCUCGCUCAUCCGCCAUUGUUGCUGCCGAUCGUGCUUAUUAGCUUCAGUGUUCUCUGAUCAAUCGAUCGACGAUCUAGGGAUCCAUGCAGCUAGCUUGUUAAUUAAUUGUGACUUUGUGACUUGUGAGGAGGGCCGCAGCCUUCAUCAGCUAGUGUGACAGCCGUUAAUUCUCGUUUACGUCAGUGACAGUGAGGUUGCUAGCUAUGUUUUGCUUAAUUUAUCGAUGCAGUGUGUGAGACUGAAUCAGUAGUGUGAGUGGUGUCUGGGAGUGCUGCUGGUCCUGAUGUAAUCUGCUCUCUCAUGUGACUGUAAAUAUUCUAUCGUUUGUGCCAUUGAGAUAUCCAUACUGUUAUGCGAA